CUGUCAUUUAUUUGCUAACAUAGACUGAUUUUUGGAGGAAUACAUUUUUUUUCCUGUAUCCUCAGAACAAACCUCCAGACUAAGAUGCAAAUUUCAUCCUUAAUUAUUUAAAGCUUAACAAUUCAACCAUGGAAACUCUCCAGACCAGCUUCCCUUUGGUUCAGGGCUCCAAUAAAAAACGGAAUGGGCUAAGAGAUGAGGGUAGCCCUCCCUUGAAAAAAAUGAUGACAGAAAUGCAUGUAAAUGGGAAAGUGCUGAUAAAUUCUUUGCCAACUGUGAAGAAAGAGAACAUGGAUGAUUAUGGCGAAACUCCAAUGGAGACUGAUGGGGAAAAGGCCAAACCAAGCUGUAAUUCUGUGUCUGAACCUUUGCAUUUAAACCCUAGCUUAAAGCACACACUGGCACAAUUCCACUUAAGUAGUCAGAGCUCCCUGGGUGGGCCUGCAGCAUUUUCAGCACGCUAUUCCCAAGAAAGCAUGUCACCUACGGUAUUCUUGCCUCUUCCAUCACCUCAGAUUCUUCCUGGGCCAUUGCUCAUCCCCCCAGAUAGCUCCACAGAACUUACUCAGACUGUCCUGGAGGGGGAAUCCAUCUCUUGUUUCCAGGUUGGAGGAGAAAAGAGACUGUGUUUGCCUCAAGUCUUAAAUUCUGUACUCCGGGAUUUUUCACUCCAGCAAAUAAAUACCGUGUGUGAUGACUUGUACAUAUACUGUUCACGGUGUACCUCCGAACAGCUUCACAUCCUGAAGGUGCUGGGAAUCCUUCCGUUUAAUGCUCCAUCCUGUGGGCUGAUCACACUCACUGAUGCUCAAAGACUGUGUAAUGCUUUGCUACGUCCACGUACCUGCCCUCAAAAUGGUAGCAUGCUUCCUGCUAAAAGCUCCUUGGCCCAGUUACAAGAAACUGGCAGGGCCUUUGAAGUGGAACAUGAGUGCUUGGGUAAAUGCCAGGGUUUAUUUGCGCCCCAGUUUUACGUUCAGCCUGAUGCACCGUGUAUACAGUGUCUGGAAUGCUGUGGAAUGUUUGCGCCCCAGACGUUUGUGAUGCACUCGCACAGAUCACCAGACAAGAGGACGUGCCACUGGGGCUUUGAAUCAGCCAAAUGGCCUUGCUAUCUCCAUGUAAACCAAAAAUAUUUAGGGACUCCAGAAGAAAAGAAACUCAACAGUCUUUUAGAGGAAAUGAAGGAGAAAUUUAGUGUCCCAAGUGCAAAGAGAGCGCAGUCCAAAUCAGAUACACCCCCAGGGCUGGAAUUACCAUCAUGGUAUCCAGUUAUAAAGCAGGAAGGUGACUCUGUUUCUCAGCCCACUCCAUUCAUCCAUCCCAGCUACUACCUCUACAUGUGUGACAAGGUGGUGGCUCCCAACGUGUCGCUCACUUCGGCCGUGUCGCCGUGUAAGGAAGUCGCGAGAGCCGGAGCUAAGAUGGCCGAAGGCGGCAAGGCCGGGCCCGGGGCGCCGCCGGAGAAGGCGUUCAGCGGCGGCAAAUAUAAGAAGGUCGCCUCGUACCCGGAGCUUUCCCUGGAGGAGCAGGAGAGGAUGGACCUGAAAUCCGGCCAUGAACUGGGCAACCGCCUAGACGCUUCCGCGCCUGCCGGUUCGGCCCCCAAGAGGAAAGCGGAGGCCCAGGGUGGCAGCGAGGCCGACGGCGGCAGGGCCGAGGCGGGCCGGGAGGCCCCCGCGGCGUGGCCGGCCAUCAUCAAGGACAUCAGCUGCGAGGACGACAAGGGCAAGAUCAUGGAGGAGGUGAUGAGGACGUACAUCCGCAAGCAGGAGAAGCUCAACUCGAUCCUGCAGAAGAAGCAGCAGCUCCAGACGGAGGUGGAGAUGCUGAGCAGCUCCCGAGCCAUGAAGGAGCUGACGGAGGAGCAGCAGAACCUGCAGAAGGAGCUGGAGGCGCUGCAGAGCGAGCACGCGCAGAGGAUGGAGGAGUUCUACGUGGAGCAGCGCGACCUCGAGAAGAAGCUCGAGCAGGUGAUGCGCCAGAAGUGCGCCUGCGACUCCACCGUGGAGAAGGACAAGGAGGCCGAGUACGCGGCCCAGUUGGCUGAGCUGCGCCAGAGGCUGGACCAUGCCGAGGCGGACCGGCAGGAGCUCCAGGACGAGCUGAGGCAGGAGCGGGAAGCCCGGCAGAAGCUGGAGAUGAUGAUAAAGGAGCUGAAGCACCAGAUCGUGAAGUCUUCCAAGCCCGUCAAGGACUAGACGUUGGGGGGCCUCCCUGCGGGUCCCCCGGCCGUCCCGGCGGGCUCUCACUGCGCCGCCUCGUCUGGACGGAGAACCCCGAGGCCGGCUUUUGACUUUGGUUCACAAAGUAAAGAGAUUAUAAAUAUGCACAUAUAUAUUAAGAUUUUUAGAUUUUCCAAGUGAAUGAAAAUCUGCUUCUUUGUACUAGUGUUUUUUUAAAAAAUAUCUCCCACAACUAGUCACACGGACUAGGCGCAGCCCAGGCAUCUGCCCCUCUGUGAGGCAGGCGCCUGCCAUCUGCCCUUGUGAAGCAGCCGCAGACGGGAGAGCCCUCUGCUCCAUUUCUCGUUCCCGCCUUUCACACUUGCUCUUGGAAACGCUUUCCAUGAGAUUUUUGGUGUCUUCAUUCUUCACUAUUAAACCUCGGAUGUGCGCCGGCCCUGUCUUUUUUGAGUGUUAAAAUGGACGACGUGUUCUCGGUAAGUGGCCGUUGCCGAUUCCCGGCUCCGUAGAGAACGUUCCUGGGUGACUCUCUUGACUGUGGUAGGAAGUUCCACAAACGAUGGUGGAGGGAUUCACGAUGCGCUGCUGCUAUGGGAAAGAACCGGCCGACAGACGGGGGUGGGGGGGUGUCCUGUUUUUCUUUUCCCUGUUUAAAUGUGCUUGUGUGAGGUAUUUUUAUUUUUUUCAGGCAGCAACUCUAGGACGUUGAACUAAA